GCUUCCGGGUCCGGCUCGAGAGGCGCAAACAAACGAGAAUCUGCCAUGGCAACAGCAACAACCGGUGGUGCCUUCGUGUUGAUCGUGGCGCUAUUAAACUUGUCUUUAGCGGACAAGUUAAAGUACAAACCGGCCACAAAACCUGUCAGGUUAUUCACCGAGGAGGAACUUCGGAGGUACGACGGCAACCGCGAGGGCGAGCCCAUCUACUUGGCAAUAAAAGGGGUGGUGUUCGACGUGACCAAAGGAAAAGAGUUUUACGGCAAAGGAGCGCCUUACAACGCUCUGGUGGGGAAGGACUCCACUCGAGCCGUGGCCAAGAUGUCGCUCAAGCCAGAAGACCUGACAUCGGAUACCUCGGACCUGACGCCGGAGCAACUCCGGUCCCUGGAGAGCGUCUUCGAGGGCACGUACAAAGUCAAGUACCCCAUCGUGGGCUACACGGCUGCGCGCGUCCUCAACCAGGACGGGAGUCCCAACGAGGACUUCAAGCCGGAGGACCAGCCGCACUUUCACAUCAAAGAUGAGUUUUGACCUCAUCUUCCUCAUAUUUCUAUCAUUUUUAGAAUUUAUUAGCAUCGUUUGGAUGAUGCUUUGUGAGCUGUUACUGAAUUUUAAACACUUGUGUACAUUUGAAAUGUGACUGACUGACUUUUGUUGAAUAAACACAGCCUGCCUUUCAUUCAUUUCUUUCUG